GAUCAAACGCGCAUUGCUGAUCAAAGUAAGUUUUUUUUGUAUUUCAUAUAUACGAUAUAUAUAUAUAUAUAAUACCAAUGAGCUCAACCACUAUAAUAGCAAGCAAGUCUGGGAAACCAUACCUCCGACCAGAUACAUCCAAGACCUAUGAUUACGUUCCUUUUACCCCCGCUCGAAAAUCGAAUUUUUUCGAGAGACAAGUUUCGAGAUUUUCGGCUGAAAUAGGCUUUAACCUCAUGAAGCCUUUUGAAAAGUUGCUGUGCAUUAUUAUUAUUGGUGCCAUGAUGCUUAUACCUUUUGCUCUUUUCACUUUAUUAAAAAAGUUUUAUUUUCUUACACUUGCGGGAACUUCGUCUUUGUAGUGAUAGGGGCACACAACCGAUCGGAUGCACGUAAGCAUUAAGCAUGUUCCACCACAGCCGAGAUACUUCAUUGAAUAUAUUAUGCGUACUUACGCUUGUGAAGGGAAAUACAAUGCAAAGGGAAAAAAUCUACGUGCUAUAAUGUUCUUUUUUGAGGAUUAUAUUUGAGAGCAGAAAGGUGAUGCUAAUUGUUUAAAUGGGUGGGUAGCACCCCUAAUAAUAAGUUUCACAAAUAUGAUUCCUCUAACUAAAACGGUAGAAUACUUUUUGGCGAGAAAGUCAAUCAGCAAAA